GUCAGUCAGUCUGCUUCCUACUUCACGGUGCGGUUUGUUGUUGAAGCGGAGCUCCUUUAAAUAUGAGGGGAAAUGUUGACGGUCGGAGCCGAGUUGGGAAAUGAUGGUUUAAUUCCUCCGUGAACCAACUACAUUUAAAGACUCUCUAAAGAUGUCAGGGGCUCAUGAGCAGAGUCGGAAGCGCCGCCCCCCCAAAAUGUUCUUGAUCUCGACCGAUCUCAAGCUGCAGGACGAGCUGGAAGGUACCAUUCGGCUGCAGCGGGGGCACAUCUGCCAGGAACAGGAUUUGGGCAAGAGCAGAGGGGACUGUCUGUGGGUCAAGGUGUUAGACAAUGGCCUCAUGGUGAAAAUAGAGAGGAAGUUCCUGCUGGAAGUCCCAAGUGACCUCAGUGGCCUGUUGGAGCCUGUACACGAUCCAGAGGCUCGACUAAAGCUUCUAUCUAAUCCUGGGAGGUUGCAGCAGAUGGCCACUUUGCCUGUCGAUUCCCCGCUGUGGGUCCAAAUAGGCCAACAGGACGAGCUGGCUGAGGCAGAGCUUAAAUACGUCGGACCACUGACCAGAGGAGGCAGCUCUGUGUAUUUUGGGGUACAACUCAAGGGUUCAGCGGUGGGUAAAGGAGUGAGCAAUGGUUCCUAUAAGGGCCACAGGCUCUUCACCUGCCCUGACGCCUGCGCACUCUUCCUCCCGGUCAGUGACAUCAGGAUCCGCCACUGGUCUAGCAGGAAUGGCUCCGACGCACACGAGCGAGCCCGCGAGAGAGACCACCACCGCAGCAGCAGCAAUAAUCACCCCAGCAACGGGCACCAUAGCAACAACAGCCGCCCAUAUCAUCAUCAUCAGCAGCAGCACAGUCGUCACAGUAAUUUCCACCAGCAUCGUCCCAGCAGCCCUACUCAGGCGCACGCUUUUGGCAUCCUCUCUCGAACAGCGGAGUCGGCACCCAUCACUGCUCAAAACCAGAUCCAGGUCCGAAGCCCCCCAUCGCCUCUGCCGUUCCAUGUUGGCCAGCGGGUGUGUUUCCCCCUGGAGGACACUGUCUAUGGCGGGGAGGUGCGCUUCUGCGGUCUCCUUCCUGGUCGGUCCUCAUCCGGGAUAUACGUUGGUGUUCUGCUGGAUGCUCCUCUUGGUGACUGGGAUGGGCAUUACAGGGGAGAGAAGCUCUGCCACAUUCCUUCCCCCCUGUAUGGAAUACUGCUGCCAGUCGCCAAGGUCUCCUCAGAGCCAAAAUCCCAUCGUCACAGUCCUCCUCACCAAAUGCCCAAAUCCAUCCUGAAGCCAGCACCGCCUCCCGUCACUAAACCAGGCCCUACAUCGCCAACCGUCUCUGCUCCCAAGGUCGCCUUGAUGCCUCCCACCAAAUCAGCACUUAAACCUCCUCCACUGCCGCCACCGAAACCCACCCAGAAACCCCUUCCUCCUCCCCCUCUGCCGCCUCCAAAACCGCACAGUCCGACGUCGCCCACUGCUAUGGAGCAGCUGCAACACACCAACGGCAUACACGGCUCUCCCUCCCCACUGAGGUCUCCAGAUAACCUCGGAGCUGCAGGCGAGAAUGGAGAGGCGGGACUGGAGGGUGAACUGGAGGUGGGCUCGAUGGUUGAAGUGAAUGACCCACCACUUUUUGGAGUUAUUUGCUGGAUUGGACGGAUCAAUGGGAUUCCUGAACCAGUAGCAGGGAUUGAGCUGGAUCAGGAGCUGUCUGCAGGAACGGAUGGCAGUUACCUCGGUGAGCGUCACUUCCGUUGUCCGGCCAACAAGGGGCUGUUUGUCAAGCUUCGCAACUGCAGGAGGGACUCCAGGUUCCCCGCACCUGAGAGGCCUGUCAAUCAAGUGGAGCGGUGCAAUUCUAUAGCCUUUGCAGAGUGGGGCAGUGAGCGUGUGGAGGAGCACACUCCUCCUUUGGAUGGAGACGAGGCCAGAGAACUCUAUCAGGGCUGGAAAAGAGGCAUCCAGGGUCAUCUCAACUCCUGCUACCUGGACGCUACGCUGUUCAGUCUUUUCUCCUGCUGUAGUUCAGCAGACUGGGUGUUGUUUUGGCCUUCUGACCCUGAAAUGGACAAAAACUGCAGCCAGGCUCAAGACCUGCUGCGCUGCGAGAUAGUCAACCCUCUUCGAAGGUAUGGCUACGUGUGUGCCAGUAAGACCAUGGCCCUGAGACGACUGCUGGAGGCUGCGAAUAGUGACGCCGGCUUCACCAACCAGGAGAAAGAUCCUGAAGAGUUCCUCAACAAGCUUUUCCAGCUCCUCAAAGUCGAGCCGCUCCUCAAGAUCAGGUCGAUGACUCAGCAGCCUCAGGCGUGUCACCUCUACCAGCUCUUCCCACCCACCCUUCCCCUCUCUCCCUCCUCGCCCUUACCCAACUCACCAGUUAACUCCCCCAUCCCUAUCUCCUUGCCAUCGCCCAGUCGGAUGAGAGUCGCCAGCGUCCAGGCCCUGCUGGAGUCCUCCUUCCUCCACUCUGGCCUCAAGUUUGUCGAGGCUCCCUCCUGCCUCUUGCUGCUCAUGCCCAGGUUCGGGAAGGACUUCAAAAUGUUUGACGCCAUCUUGCCCACCCUCAGUCUGGACAUCACAGACCUGCUGGAUGACACUCUGAGGCAGUGCAGUAUCUGUCAGGCUGUGGCUGAGUGGGAGUGUCAGCAGUGUUACGAAGAUCUAGACAUCACUCCCGGUCGUCUCAAACAGUACUGCCCAACCUGCAACACACAGGUCCACAGUCACAGGAAGCGGGCGUCCCACAGACCGGUGAAGCUUGGUGUUCCCGCGGGACCGUGGACCGGCUCUCUGCUCUGCUCCCGCCAACGAAUGUCUCUCUUUGCUGUGACGUGCAUCGAGACCAGCCAUUACGUGAGCUUCAUCAAACACGGGCCCCUCCCCACCGACUGGCUGUUUUUUGACAGCAUGGCAGACCGGGAAGGUGGCGAAAACGGCUUCAACAUCCCUCAGGUGAAAGCGUGUCCCGAGGUGGGUCGCUACCUCAGCCUGUCAGAGGAGGAGCUGAGCAGAGUCGACGCCGCCUCGUUACGGGAGUCUGCCCGCCGCCUGCUCUGUGACUCCUACAUGUGCCUGUACCACAGCCCUGAGCUCAGCCUGUACAAGUGAUAUGGGCACUCAGUGCAGUCAGAGAUCCUGCAUGCUGUACAACUGAUUCAGACAUGUCCUCAGGUUCUGAGUCUUAUGCAACCAUCAGAGUUAAACAUUGCACUCACAAAAUAUGAAUUUUUUUUUCCUUAGGAAUAACUAAAAAACAGUCUUGUUUUCAGGAUGACCAGCGUUCACUCUCCACUUUAGCCAGUAGAAUAUUAAAUUUUCAUAAAGCCAGUGAACACAGAAUGUUUUCAGCUUCUUUCAGCUUCCCAUGUGCACUGCUGCUGGAAACUAUCUGCCUGAAGAGAGCUGAACAGAGGCUGAGAAGUACAUAUAAACUCUUUAGGCAAAAUUUACAUGAGAACAGCAGCGUAACCCACGCCGUCUAAUGUGCUGAAUGAACAAAUUGCCUGUAGUUUAUUGUUAGUUAAAGAGCUCAUGAACUUGGUGGUAAAUGAGCCUUACACGUGGCAGUACUGAUAUUUACACCUGAGUUUACCUGUGCCUUAGCUCACACACAGUACACAACUACUGUGCCUGUAACCUAUAACACGCAUACACUUUACAAUUCAGUUUGCACUGCUUCAUUUACAGGUCAGUGUGUGUAUAUAAUUGCAUUGCCUUAAACUGACUGUAAAGAUUGCACACAGAUGUUUAAACUUUUGUACUGCUUAUGGGUUGUUUAAUAUAAAACAGCUGCAAACAAUAAUAAUAAAAGAUUUGAUACUCUU